GCCAAGGCCUCCCGGAGCGCGGAGCCGCGGGAACGGAGUCCGGGUUUGCAGCGCUGCUGAAAGAUGGCGAGAGGCUGGGACGCGCGGCCGCCCUGGCGGCCAGGGCGCGUCCCGCUGCUGCUGUGUCUGCUGUUGCUGCUGCUGCGGAGCCCAGCCCGGGCAGCGCACAUCAAGAAGGCGGAGGCGACGACGACGACGACGAGCGCGGGCGCCGAGGCGGUCAAGGGGCAGUUCGACCGCUACUACCACGAAGAGGAGCUGGGCUUGGCGCUGAGGGAGGCGGCGGCCGCGGGGCCCCCAGGCCUGGCCCGCCUCUUCAGCAUCGGCAGCUCGGUGGAGGGCCGGCCGCUGUGGGUGCUGCGCCUCACGGCCGGCCUGGGGCCGCCGCCUUCUGACGGCGACACGGGGCCCGACGCGGCGGGGCCGCUCCUGCCUGGCCGGCCGCAGGUGAAGCUGGUGGGCAACAUGCACGGCGACGAGACCGUCUCGCGCCAGGUGCUCAUCUACCUGGCGCGCGAGCUGGCGGCUGGCUACCGCCGCGGGGACCUGCGCCUGGUCCGCCUGCUCAACACCACGGACGUGUACGUGCUGCCCAGCCUCAACCCCGACGGCUUCGAACGCGCCCGUGAGGGCGACUGCGGCUUCAGCGACAGCGGUCCUCCCGGGGCCAGCGGCCGCGACAACAGCCGUGGCCGCGACCUCAACCGCAGCUUCCCGGACCAGUUCAGCACCGGUGAGCCCCCGUCCCUGGACGACGUGCCCGAGGUGCGCGCCCUGAUCGAGUGGAUCCGCAGGAACAAGUUUGUGCUUUCUGGAAAUCUUCAUGGUGGCUCGGUGGUAGCAAGCUAUCCUUUUGAUGAUUCUCCAGAACAUAAGGCUACUGGAAUCUAUAGCAAAACCUCAGAUGAUGAAGUAUUUAAAUACUUGGCAAAAGCCUAUGCUUCAAACCACCCCAUAAUGAAAACUGGUGCCCCUCAUUGUCCUGGAGAUGAAGAUGAGACUUUCAAAGAUGGGAUCACAAAUGGUGCACAUUGGUAUGAUGUGGAAGGUGGCAUGCAAGAUUACAAUUAUCUAUGGGCCAACUGUUUUGAAAUCACAUUAGAACUGUCUUGUUGCAAGUACCCACCAGCUUCGCAGCUUCAACAAGAAUGGGAGAACAAUCGUGAGUCUUUGAUCACAUUGAUUGAAAAGGUCCACAUUGGAGUUAAAGGAUUUGUUAAAGAUUCAGUAACAGGAGCUGGCUUAGAGAAUGCAACCAUCUCAGUAGCUGGUAUUAAUCAUAAUAUCACAACAGGAAGAUUUGGUGAUUUCCACCGAUUACUUGUUCCUGGAACUUAUAACAUUACAGCAGUUUUAACUGGGUAUAUGCCACUGACUGUUAAUAACAUAAUAGUGAAAGAAGGACCAGCCACAAAGGUGAAUUUUCCCCUUCGGCCAACUGUGGCUUCAGUAGUCCCUGACACAACUGAGGUUGUAGUAACUGCUAGCACAGUUGCUAUAUCUAAUAGUCCUCUUGGAACACAGUCCUCCCACCAGCCAGUUCAGCCACAGGACUUUCACCACCACCACUUCCCUGAUAUGGAAAUCUUCUUGAGAAGGUUUGCCAAUGAAUAUCCUAACAUCACCCGGCUUUAUUCAUUGGGAAAAUCGGUAGAGUCAAGAGAACUUUAUGUAAUGGAGAUAUCUGAUAAUCCAGGUGUCCAUGAACCAGGUGAACCAGAAUUUAAGUACAUUGGAAAUAUGCAUGGCAAUGAAGUGGUUGGAAGAGAACUGUUACUGAACCUCAUCGAAUACCUUUGUAAGAACUUUGGAACAGAUCCCGAUGUAACAGAUUUGGUUCUUAACACUAGAAUUCACCUUAUGCCAUCCAUGAAUCCUGAUGGGUAUGAAAAGGCCCAGGAAGGAGAUUCAAUAAGUGUAGUCGGUAGAAACAACAGCAACAACUUUGACCUGAACCGAAAUUUCCCAGAUCAGUUCAUUCAGAUCACAGAUCCUACCCAACCAGAAACUAUUGCUGUAAUGAGCUGGAUGAAGGCCUAUCCAUUUGUGCUGUCAGCAAACCUGCAUGGAGGUUCUUUGGUGGUUAACUACCCUUUUGAUGAUGAUGAACAAGGGCUUGCCACAUAUAGUAAAUCACCAGAUGAUGCUGUAUUUCAACAAAUAGCACUUUCUUAUUCCAAGGAAAAUUCCCAGAUGUUUCAAGGUAGACCUUGCAAGAAUAUGUACCCUAAUGAAUAUUUUCCUCAUGGAAUAACAAAUGGAGCCAGUUGGUACAAUGUCCCAGGUGGUAUGCAGGACUGGAACUAUUUACAAACAAACUGCUUUGAAGUGACUAUUGAACUUGGUUGUGUGAAAUACCCAUUUGAGAAAGAUCUGCCAAAAUUUUGGGAACAGAAUCGAAGAUCUCUAAUCCAGUUUCUGAAACAGGUUCAUCAGGGUGUCAAAGGAUUCGUCCUAGAUGCCACAGAUGGCAGAGGUAUAUUAAAUGCCACCAUUAGUGUUGCUGAAAUUAAUCACCCAGUAACUACUUACAAAACUGGAGAUUACUGGCGUCUGUUGGUUCCAGGAACUUAUAAAAUCACAGCAUCUGCUCGAGGGUAUAAUCCAGUUACCAAGAAUGUGACCGUAAACAGUGAAGGUGCUGUUCAGGUCAACUUCACACUUGUUCGAUCUUCAACAGAUUCAAACAAUGAAUCAAAGAAAGGCAAGGGGGACAGCACCAACAAUGAGGGUGCCAGCGAUCCGACUACUAAAGAGUUUGAAACUUUAAUUAAAGACCUUUCAGCUGAGAAUGGUUUGGAAGCCUUCAUGUUACGCUCCUCCUCAAAUCUGGCUCUUUAUCGAUACCAUUCAUACAAGGACUUAUCAGAGUUUCUGAGAGGACUUGUGAUGAACUAUCCACAUAUUACAAAUCUUACCAAUUUGGGACAGAGUGCUGAAUAUCGUCACAUUUGGUCCCUUGAAAUCUCCAAUAAGCCCAAUGUAUCUGAGCCUGAAGAACCAAAGAUUCGUUUUGUUGCUGGUAUCCAUGGAAAUGCUCCAGUUGGAACUGAACUUCUUUUGGCUCUGGCAGAAUUUCUCUGCCUAAACUACAAAAAGAACUCAGCUGUUACCCAAUUGGUCGACAGGACUAGAAUUGUGAUUGUACCUUCUCUAAAUCCAGAUGGGCGAGAGAGAGCACAAGAGAAAGACUGUACUUCAAAGAUAGGACAGACAAAUGCUCGUGGCAAAGACCUGGAUACAGACUUCACAAAUAAUGCCUCCCAACCUGAAACUAAAGCCAUCAUUGAAAAUUUGAUUCAGAAACAGGACUUCAGUCUUUCUGUUGCUUUAGAUGGUGGUUCAGUGUUGGUCACAUACCCAUAUGACAAGCCAGUACAAACAGUGGAAAACAAAGAGACUCUAAAGCAUUUGGCAUCUCUUUAUGCAAAUAAUCAUCCAUCGAUGCAUAUGGGUCAGCCCAGUUGCCCAAAUAAAUCAGAUGAGAAUAUUCCAGGAGGAGUAAUGCGUGGAGCAGAAUGGCACAGUCACCUGGGCAGCAUGAAGGAUUAUAGUGUUACCUAUGGCCACUGUCCGGAAAUCACAGUAUACACAAGCUGCUGCUACUUUCCUAGUGCAGCACAACUCCCUUCGUUGUGGGCAGAAAAUAAAAAAUCUCUUCUUAGCAUGUUGGUGGAGGUUCACAAGGGAGUUCAUGGAUUUGUUAAAGAUAAGACUGGAAAACCAAUCUCUAAAGCAGUCAUUGUGCUCAAUGAAGGAAUAAAGGUACACACAAAAGAGGGAGGUUAUUUCCAUGUACUGUUAGCCCCAGGUGUCCAUAACAUCAAUGCCAUUGCCGAUGGGUAUCAGCAACAACAUUCCCAGGUCUUUGUGCAUCAUGAUGCAGCCAGUUCUGUGGUAAUAGUCUUUGACACAGAUAACCGGAUAUUUGGUUUGCCAAGGGAGCUUGUGGUAACUGUAUCAGGUGCCACCAUGUCGGCAUUGAUCCUAACAGCUUGCAUUAUUUGGUGCAUCUGCUCAAUCAAGUCUAACAGACACAAGGAUGGCUUUCAUCGGCUCAGGCAGCAUCAUGAUGAAUAUGAAGAUGAAAUUCGCAUGAUGUCAACUGGCUCCAAGAAGUCUCUCUUAAGCCAUGAGUUCCAGGAUGAAACAGACACUGAAGAGGAAACAUUAUAUUCCAGCAAACAUUGAAACACACACCUUGCAUCUCUCCCAGCAUAAGUACCAAGCAAAGUUACAGUUCCUUUUGGGAGACACCGCAUUAAGAAGAGAGACUAUCUUGCUUCUUCAAAGAGCUUUGGGAAGUUAACUUGCUAAAUUUGUAUUCUCUGUGAAUUUGGCUGGCAGUUUUGAACUUCCCCUCCUUAAAGUACUCUUACCUUAAAAAAAAAAAUCUGCUUUCUAUUUAUGCAGAGAUGGGACAGCCACUUUGUUUUUCUUCUUAAUUUAAGCUGAGCUGUUUGGAGCUUAUGCUAUAACUGAAGAAAGCCAACUAGUGGAUGUUGUAUUUUGCACACCAGGUGUUUACUAGUGGCUUUAGCUUUUUCUCUUUAUUUUAAAUGGCCAAAAGAAUCCAGAAACAUUAAGGCAGGGACAGCAGUCAGAAUCUGACAUAAAGCUUUAAAAACUCGAGGUUUUUUCAACCUAUUGAGGAGUACUUUUCUCUAGUUAUUAAAUAGCUGGAGUUUCUCUUAUUAUUCAGGUUUAAUGGAGGCUGAAUUGAUUUUGAAACUUAUGUAACAUUAGGAAAUGAUUAAACGGGCUUCUGUAUUUGGCUUUCUACCUGUUCCAAGGCUAGAUCAGAACUGGUGGGCUGUGCUCUAAGCAGGAUUUCACUACCUCUUGUGUAAGGUUUAGCAAAGUUGUAAACAUCCCCAUUUUAAGGGAGAACUUGUUGACUGUUGUAAAAGAUCUCAGUGUCCAUUUGCGUAGAGCCGAGAGGGAGAUCUAGCAAAAGCUAAAACUCGUGCUGCCUAUCUUUUAACUUGGUAAAAACCCACAGGUGCUGUUGCUUUUAUCUGUGAAGCACUAGUUUAUUCUAGGAAUGCCUAAUUCUUUACUAUUUCCUAAAUUUGAACCUUUUUCUAUGCUGUACACUUAGGGUUUUCAGAUGACUUGGCAAUCGACAAGAUCUGAAUUCUACUGAAAAUACCUGGAGGCGUGGAAGAGACCUACUUGCACAUUCUUAACCUACAUUUGAACGCAGAAUAUCUACACUUCCUGUUAGCCCAAGCCAGCGCCCUAUCAUAGCAUCCUGUUAUUGAAAUAGCUUGGCCAGCCUUAUUCGUAAAGGCCUCUGCGUGUGAUUGGGUUCUUUGUCCAGUGUUUCAUUUGACAGUCUCUUCUUGAUCAACCAAUUUUGUUAAAAGUUCAGUUGAAAGCACUUAAAUAUGGCUCCCUCCAUUAAAAAAAAAAAAAAAAAAAGUAACACUGUAGUGAGAAAGUGUUAUCUUCAGUGCCAGUGGGGUUACUGCAAAGGCCUAAAAGAUUUGCGUUUUAU